GUGCGGUGUCGGAGGGGGUUGGGAGGUCCAGCGCACGCUCUGCUUUUGAAAUGUUUUUGAGGAGCGGUUCUCCCGUGAGCUGGUAUUGGGCACCCCGCAAUUAAGCGAGAGCGGCGAUGAUCAACCAAGUGACAUUUUGAAUUUGUGCCAUGAUUUUGAAAAUCGAGGAGUUGCCAAGGAAACUUAAGUUGUUCUGGAUGUUUCCUUGUGUUUGCUGGAUGACAAAAGUUGGCCUUCAACUUCACCACCACAUGGUAUUAUUCAGUGUAAUAUUGCAGUGACAAUUGCAACAAUGUUGUCUGGUAAUGUGAUAGCUACCCAGAGAUCAGCGUGGGUCUCCUUUGAUGAUACACAAUGCACAGUGGAUGGAGGAGGUUCAGUUGGAGACCACAGAAAAUAUUCCCCUGUCUCGGGUACAUUGUUUGAAGAUGAUAAUUAUCAGGAUAACACAUUUCAUGAUUCCUCUUCGUCAAUUCAACAUCAGCAUAGCACAGUGUGCAUGACGGAAACAGCAUCUGUCCCCAGUGAAUGGAUCAAGUUUGAUGAUCAGCCCUGGCCUAUUCUUUCGCCACUUCGCCCACAAUCAACAGAUUCAAGGGAACCUCCUACUUCAGAAGAAAGCUGGACUACUCAAUCUGAGGAGCCCAGCAAUCUGAGUUUGGCUCCAUCCUACACAGAUCUGCAGUCGAUUGAAACAGAAGAUUUGCCCAGUAACAGUGUUUCCAGGCCUGGCUCUCCAGAAACUGGCUCAUUUUAUCAUGAUCAUAAUGAAACAAGUGUGGAAUCAGUGAACAGACACCCAGAUAACACACAACUGAAUGAAAGCAGAAUGUCAACAACACGCUUUUCAACCUGGGUCACUUUUGACGAUGAUCCUGAACCAACACAAAAAUCACUUUUAAAACGGGGAAAUUCUCAUUGCUAUGUAGAUCAAGAAAAAGUUGAGACAUCCUUGGGGCCUAAAGGUGAUGUAGAAAAGGCAACAUCAAUAAAUAAUCUGUUGGAUUUUUCAACGAAGGAGAAGAAUGAUGUAUUUUCGCUAAAUAGACCUGCCACAAAUCCCUAUUCACCAACACGUACCACUAACCCAUUUUUGGAUGAAGCUCUACGUGAUGUCCAGCCAUCGCCAAUCAACCCAUUUCAAGCAUUCUUUGAGAAAAAGGAAAGUCCUGGUGUAAUCAAUUCAUCACAAAACAACUCUCAGAUCUGUCAGCAGGUAAAUGGAUCUGACUGUCCAUUUAGUGGUGCAAACAUCAUUAGGCAAAUAGAUUCUACUAUGACAUCCAGCAGAAAUCAAAAUGAUCAGUGGACUUCAGCUGAUUUCCAGAAUUCUUCAGAUUUAGUGUCACUAUUUUCUGAAAUAAAUAAUCAAGAGGAUUCUGUUUUCAGAAAUUCACCAGUCUCAGUUUCUGAUAUAAAAGUCAAUAACCAAAGGGAUUCUUUUGUAUUCACUAAUGCCGUGGAUCUUAUUUCCCCAUUAUCUGAUGGAAAAGCCAAUAUACAAAAGAAUUCUGCUGUUUUUGAGAGUUCUCUGGAUCCAGCCUUUCGAUUUCCAGCCGUAGACGUGGACAAUCGAAAGGACUCAGUUUUCAGAAGUUCAUCAGAUUCUGUUUCUCCACCUUCUGAUAUGAAAAUCAGUAGCCAACCAGAUUCUGUCAUGACAUUUGGUCAUUCUCCAGAUUCUCCAUUUCCUUGUUCUUACAUCAAUGGUCAAAGAGACUCCAUUAUUUUCAAUAAUUCUCUAAAUCCUACAUUUGUAGAUGACUCAAUGAAUUGUAGCCUUCAAAAUGAAGUAGUUUCUCAACUCAAACAAAUUAAUAUUAUGGAUCCAGAUCAGGUUAACUGCCCUACCUUAGCUGAUGACCCCUUCAAUUCUCCAGAGGCAGAAAGCUAUGCAGAUGACCUUUUCCAUCUUCCCCCUAGAGAUGGGUGGACAAUGAUGUUGCGAAUACCUGAGAAAAAGAACAUAAUGUCAUCAAGACACUGGGGUCCUAUAUAUGUUAAAAUGCUAGAUAAUGCACGUUUACAGCUCUUCUAUGAAAAAGGUCUUGAAAAGCCUUUUAGGGAGAUCCAGCUUCAGAAUUUCCAUGAGCUGUCUGAGCUCAAACUUCAGAAUUUUGAUGAAAAUGGAAAAAUACAUACUAUAAGAAUAGAUCAAGUAUUAUAUAAGGAAAAGCGUAAGUACCAUCCCUUGUCAACAGUAGUUCAGGCACCUGUUAGGGUGCAGGUAAUCAAACUGGGCACCACCUGUUAUGAAGAUUAUGUAAGCUUUGUAACCACAGUUCAAGAUACUCUAAUGAAACUGCCAAGUACCAGAGAAAUUUGUGCCAAUUACAUUGAAGAGGAAAUAACAGUGAAAGUACAAGAUGAAUUUCGAGGUAUUGUGGCCAAAGGAGACAACAAGCUUGUCCAACACUGUGUUGUCACUCAUAUCAGUAUUCUGGCUUUUGUUUCUGGGAUGCCAGAAUGUCGAAUAGGCCUCAAUGAUGUUCAGAUGAAAGGAAAUGAAGUUGUUUCUAGACAUGACAUUAUUCCCACAACCACAACCAAGUGGAUUAAAAUAAAUGACUGUCAUUUCCACAAAUGUGUUGAUAUUGAUGAAUUCAAUAAUUCCAGAUUAAUUAAAUUUUUACCAUUGGAUGGUCAUAAAUUUCAGUUGAUGCAUUUCAGGACUACUUUUAGUGAGAAGGCUCUUCCAUUCUCCCUUAAAACUUUGGCUUCUGUUAAGGGAGCUGAAGUGGAACUUCAGUCUUGGUUGGUGAUGUCAUCAGGAUUUGUGCCCAAUCGAGACCAGCUUGCCGCCAUGCCUUGUGAAAAUGUGAUGAUCCGGUACCCUGUCCCAAUGGACUGGGUUAAGAACUUCAGGCGAGAAGGAGUCUUGCGAGAGAAGUCACUCAAAGCUAGAGUGAAUAGAAGUGCCAGCUUUGGUAGUGCAAGCAUGUCUGGCUCUGAACCUGUAAUGAGAGUAACACUGGGAAGUGCCAAGUAUGAACAUGCUUUUAAAUCUAUUGUAUGGAGAAUCAAUAGGCUUCCAGACAAAAAUUCAGCUUCAGGACAACCGCAUUCCUUUUACUGCCACCUUGAGUUAGGAUCUGAUCGAGAAGUGCCCGCUAGUUUUGUCCACUAUGUGGAUGUGGAAUAUGACAUGCCAUGUACGUCAGCGUCAAAAACAGCAGUUAGGUCGAUCACAGUAGCUGACAAGACAGAUGUGAGAAAGUGGGUUGUUUACAAAGCACACUACAAUUAUCAGGUGGAAAUGGAACAGAGGAGGGUUCGGGCUGUGAGUGGGGAUGGUAUGGAAACUGACCAUCCAAACGAAUGUACUCAACAGUGAAGCAAUCCAAGUGCAGAAACUGUACCAUUACACUACCGUGUCGGUAUGCCUGUCUGGCAAAUAGCACAUUGCCGUCUUUGUGCAGAUUUCAACAUUUCAAUUCCUGAAGAGACCAAAAGAAAAAGGAAUUUUAAUUUUUGCAUUUGCUGGAUUUAAUAACUAAAAAUGUUGGGACAAAAUCUAUGGAUUGAACUCCUCAGUGUGUAUUAUAUGUGGGGUACUGCAUCUUCUCAUCAAAUACCACUUAAUCAAUCUUGGUUUCUGUCUUGGAUGUACAGUACUUAGAACUCGAGCAAGGACUAAACUAGGUCUCAUAGCUGGGCAACUCUUAGGCUUGCUGUUGCACCUUUUCUUUUUUCUGAAAACACAGUCACGUGGCUGCAGGCAGCAGGUCUCCUUCUCCUGUCAUCCUGUUCGGCACUUGUGCAUCUCCGAUUGGGAUUUUCUGUUGAAGAAGGGCUCACUGGUCCUUUUGUGGGUUGUUCGGGAAUGAAAAAAAAAUUAAAGAUACAUUGUUUCCUUUUUAAAAUUCUACUGAGAUUGUGAAAAUUCAAAAAAAAUCUGAUGUUUUUUGUUUGAAAAUUUGAAAUAUUAUCUUUAGAUGAAUGAAAUGUGCUCUGACUUUAGGAAAGAAUUUCUUGCUGUAGCAGCAGGAAAAACUGAUAGAAUAUUGCAUUUUUGUAUUCCUCAUGUACUACUUGCAGUCCUUAGUAACCUGACUAGUUAUUGGGUAAAUGCAUUACCCGGAGUUACACAUGGGAUAGCCAGUGAUGCCAAGAAUAGGUGUUUGGUGAUCCACAUUUCAAGCCCCAGUCAGUGCUGAGUUUACUGAUCUUUUCCAGGUAACAAUAGGAUCAGUACAAUCACCUCAGUGUCUUUGGUAUUACUGGCCUUGAUGCCUUUGGGCUAGCAAAAAUUUAAGAGUCACAGACAAAUACAGCAAAGAAAUGUAUUUUUUGGCCCACUGAGUCUGGCCAUUUUGACACUAGUCCUACCCUACCCAUUUUAUUUUUCUCACAUUCCAAACAACUCUUCCAAUCCUGGAGGAACUAAGUAGGUUGAGCAGCAUCUGUGGGGAGAAAGGAAUUGUUGACAUUUCAGGUCAAAACACUGCACGAGUUUCAGACACUAUGCCUUAUACCAGGGUCAGCUUUGCAAUGGGGAAUUAACCCACUAAUCUUCACUUAUCAUGAGAGGCAGGAAAGACGGUAACCAACAGCAGUGCAGCGGUCACUGAAAUUGCUUUAUAGCACCAGCGAUCACUGAUCAGGGUUCAAAUCCUGCACUGUCUGUGAGGAGUUUGUACGUUCUCCUUAUGACUGUGUGUUUUUUCCAGGUGCUCCAGUUUCCUCCCACAUUCCAAAGAUCAGGGGAAGUGAGUUAUCAAUACCAGAAGCAUGCUGACACUUGCAGGCUGCCCCAGCAUGUCACAAAUAAUGACGCAAACUUUCACUGCAAGUUAUAUGUACUGCAUUGCUCAUAAUCAUAGAAUGCUACAGCAUGGAAACAGGCCCUUUGGCCCAGCUAGUCAAUGCUGAACUAUUAUUCUGCUUAGUCCCAUCCAUCUGCACACAAACCAGAGCUCUCCAUAUCCCUCCCAUCCACGUACCUAUCCAAUUUUCUCUUAAAUAUUGAAAUCAAGUCCGCAUACACCUAACCUGCUGGCAGCCUGUUCCCAACUCUCACCACCAUUUUAGUUCCCCCCGAUAUUUUGUCAUCGUGCAUUCCUUUUGCCUUACCUGUCUUCCCCAAAAAGUUACACCUAAAAGGUUAGAAAGGAACUUUAAUAUUUCUUUACAAUGUAGAAGUCCAUUCCCAUCAAUCCCCUUCUAUCAGUUCCUUCCCUAUAGCCCCAUACUCCCUUUCAUGUCCUUCAACACCCCCUCAUUUUCCUGCCAUGCAUCUCCACAAGGAUAGUUUCACUGCACCUGAUUAACCUACGAACCUGACUUUGGGAUGUGGGGGGAAAAUGGAGUGCUCGGGUGGAGCCUAUGCAAACACAGCUGAGAACGCACAAACUCGACACAACAGUGCUGAGGUCAGAUUCUAACUCAGGUCACUAACUGCUCCCUCACUGGGCUGCUCUUAGAGAAAACCAAUUAAUUCUUGGGCUGGGAGCAGGGAGGAUGAUAAGAUAUAAUAUGAUGUAAGAGAUGAUAAUCAUAAGAUAUGAUAAUAUCUCUGUAUUAGUAUCAUCAACAAGAUGUGUAAAAGAUUCUGAUCUAAAGAUUAGCUUUAUUUGUCACUUAUACACAGAAACAUACAGUAUCAAAUGAAAUCAGAGUGGAUUGUGCUGGGUACAGCCGCAAAUUUUGUUCUGGUACCUGCUCACAACUCCCAACCCUAAACAUGCGUAUUUGGUCUGUGGGAGGAAACCAGAGCACCUGGACGAAACACAAAUAGUCAUGGGGAGAAUGUACGAACUCCUUACAUGCAGCAGCCCAAGCUUACUGUUUUACUUACGGCUGCUGUCUGUUACUCACUACACUUGAGCAAAAUUUAAGGAGUGGAAGUUGUGGGACUUGAGAAAAUAUUUAUUAAAAGUGUUGCUUUUUUAUGAUUUGAAUGUUCUGCAGGCUACUGAACUACCAAGGAGUUAAGGUGACUUAAGUUUGGAGGGAAAACUAGAAUAUUGAAAUGUCUGUGAAGGUCAUUGUAUAUCAAGCAGUAGUAAAUCAAGGCGACUAGACUUGCUGUGUUGUCUAGAAGAUGUCUCGCCACUCGUCCGAGAGGCUUCAGUUCUAAUCCAUGGUGGGUAGUUUUCCGGUUUAUAAACUCUGUGAGUUGUUUAAAGGUAUAGCAAUCAUGUGAGGGUCGUUAAGAGUGGUAGAGAUAAUUAGUCUUAUCUUUGCAUGACUGAAAGUGUGAACUGUUGUGGAGAUGCCGGGGUAAAGAUGUUAGGACUACAUUGUAGGUAACUGAUAGGUGGUAUUGAAACAGAAUAUUGAACUGGAACCAUAAUUUGAGUUUUAUAGUGAGGUAUGUUCUUCUGCUGCUGUUUGCCAUGAAUUACAUUUCAAAUGCAGUAGGUGAACAACAUGGAACCAAGUAUACAGUAUUGUUCAGAGGGAGCAGUUUAUGAAAGCUCGAUAGUUCUGUAAGUGCCUAGUAUGUCAGCACAUGAAAUAAAAGGCUUUCCAGCUGUUAAUGCUUAAAAGGGAUGUUACUCCUUUUUGAUAGGUUCAAUGUAUCUAAUCUGCUUUAGUGUUUUGACUUUAAUUUUGGACAUCCAACACUCCACAGUCUGAGGCUAACCUCUUGUACCAUCACAUAUAUGCAGGCCCUUUAGCCCAUCUAGUUCAUGCUGAACUAUUAAUAUGCCUGGUGCCAACAUUCUGCAUGUCAUCCCCUUCCCAUCGGUGUACCUAUACAAGUUUCUGUUGCAUGUUGAAAUCGAGCCCACAUCUACUACUUUGUUCCACAUUCUUACCACCUUCUGAGUGAUGUAGUUCCCCCCAUGUUUCCCUUAACUAUUUCACCUUUAACCCAUAAUCUCUAGUUUUAGUCUCACCCAAUCUCAGUGGAAAAAGUCUGCUUGCAUUUACCCUAUCUAUACCCCUCAUAAUUUAAUAUCCCUCUAUCAAAUCUCCCCUUAAUCUCCUACACUCCAAGGAGUAUGUGCCUCCUAAACACUCAUUCCUUUUCUGAUGGUUUCAAGAUCCUGGGAACAUGCACUUUUAAAUCUCUAAAAACCUCUGUAUCCUCCAAUGCCCACCACUCAUCAUGCAUCUCUUUUGCCCCACCUGUCCUCUCCAAAAAAGUUACAUUGUAUCACUCUUGAUUUGAAUCAAUUUUCCACUCUGUUUGGCCACCAUACCCAUGUAUUGAUAACUUCCUGUAGCUGUGAUCUUUCUUCCUAUCAACCAAGUGGUGUCCCUAGAUUUAUCCAAAAUAAAAUAUAAAUCCCAAAUUGCUGAGUAACAACCCCUACAGAAAGUGCUGCUCAUACUCCCCUGGUCUCUGAAAUUCCCUUCAACCAAUUUUGCCUCUGAAAUGAGCUCUCUCCACUCCACUCUUCGACCCUCAUUCUUCUGAUCAGUCUGCAACUUGGGAUACCCACCAAAUGGUCUGCCAAAAUUCAUGACUGCUUUAUCAAGUGUCCCAUCCUCACUUUCAAGCCUUGGUACUGCCUCAAAGUUACCUUGGUCAGACUGUGAUCCUCCUCAGACAAGUCCGUGUUGACUUCUGACUAUCCCUGUCUAAAUUGUGUAUCUCUAGACACUGAUAUACCAUCCCAACUUGUUCACCAUCAAUGUCAAACCAAGACUCAAAGAUAUAUUUUAUCUUGGCUUGGUGAAUAUCCUUUUCGCUCUUUCUCUCUCUCUCGGUCCCCACCCUCUUUAUCUUUCCCUCUCUCAAUCACCCUUUCUCACCAUCUAGAUAUUUAUGGAAAGGGCUUGUUUGACUUUACCUGCUGAUAUUAACCCCUGAAUCACUUCCAGACUUUCUGCUUUGUUGAAUUGUUGUGACAUUCGCAGACUUACCAUUUCUACUUUUGUGCCCUAUCCUGGGAGUGCAAGAACUCACUUUUUAAAUAUUUGUUCUGAACCUUCUCUUUUUCCCUCAUUGGUCUUAUAUUAAAUACGUCAGACCCCAGUAUUAGAUUUUUAGUUCAGCCAGCUGUAAUAUAAAUAUCCUGCGUUGCACACUGCCACACCAAGAUACACCGCAAGGAUUAGAAAGUUGGAGUCUGGGAGCAGGCAGCCCUUUAGGCUUUAGCACCACAGUUAAAUACCCAAUCAUGUCAGUUGUAACAAAGUCAAAGUAAAAUACAUUUAUGUCACCAUAUACUAUUUUCUUACAGGCAUAUACAGGAAAAUAAAGAAAUACAAUAGAAUUUAUGAAAAACUAUACAGAAUAACUGACAAACAACAAAUGUGCAAAAGAAGACAUACAGUGGGAAUUUAAAAUAAAUAAAUAAAUAGAAACGGCGGCGUGAGUUGUAGAGUCCUUGACAAUGAGUCGGUAGGUUGUGAAAUCAGUUCAAGUUAAGAUGAAUGAACUUAUCCAUGCCAGUUCAGGAGCCUGAUGGAUAUAGGUUAAUAACUAUUACUGAUUGUGGUGGUGUGGGACCUAAGGCCCCUCUACCUCCUAGAGGACAUAGCUUGAAUGGUUGGGGUCCUUGAUGAUUGAUUCUGCUUUCUUGUGGUGCCACUCCUUGUGUAGAUAUUCUUAAUGGUGUGCAGGGCUUUUCCUGUGGAGGACUGGGUUGUGUCCACCACUUUUUGUAGACUUUUACAUUCCUGUGCAUUGGUGUUUCUAUACCAGGCUGUGAUGCAACCUGUUGGGAUACUCUCCACUGUGCAUUGAAAGAAGUUGGUCAGUCUGAGGUUCCAUUUAAAAACAUUUGUUGAAGUUUUUGUCCUCCUUUGCCCUGGAGGAUAAAUUGCCUGGCUCUGUAUCAUGGUGAAAAGGACAUACUCCUUCAUAGACAUUUAGCUGAUUGCAUUCAGUUAAAGAAAGAAAUCUCUGGUAAUGACCAAAUUGGAAUGCAUAGAUACAGGAAAACUUUCACUGAAGGUGUAAAGAUCAACUUGUAGCACAGCGUGUGUGCGUAGAGAUAGAGACAAAGACAUUGGAGCAUUUAAGAAAUUCUUGCGUAGGCACUUGGGCAGUGUAGGAGGAAAGGGUUAAAGAAGGUUAAAAGGUCAGCACAACAUCGUGGGCCAAAGGACCUGUACUGUGUGGUAGUAUUCUGUGUUCUACAUUCUACGCAUGGUGAAGAUAUUUAACAUUUUUUCACAUAAAUUUAAAAUAAGUAAUUUUACUCCAGUCCUAUAUUCACUGAGACAUUGGGAUUCUUCCAAUUCUGCCCCCUGAUAUUCCAUCAUUGGCAGUCACUUAUCCAAUCACCAAACCACAGCAAUUCCACCCCUUGUCCCGCUGGAUCACUCCAUGAAACCCGGACCAUUACCCAUCUUAACAUUUCCUAAUGUGACUUGCUGACAUUUUUCCCCCUGUUAGGACACCAGUGAAACCCCUUGGAACAUUUGACUUGCUUGGAAGUGCCAUAUGAUUUUUAUUUUAGGAUUAUGAAAAUUAGUUUGAUUAAUUUUUUUUAAAAGAAGAAAGAAAGAUCAAUGCUAGGCUACCAACAAAAUACAUCUGUCAAUACUCUUUGCACUUCUAUCUGUUUUAGGUGUAUGGUAAUGAAACUUCCAUAUGUAACUGGUGAUUAUUGUAUUUUUAAAUAAAUGUUUGGAGUGGCCAGCA